UUGCUUCGCACAGUGUACGCCAUCUUGAUUCCACACAGUCCAACACAACAGCCAGCUGUGAAAUUCUUUCGUGCGAUUUAUUCCACAUUUCGUCACACAAUCGCGCUAAAAAAGCCACCUUUGCGAAGAAAGUGAUCCCCUGCAUCGACAGCAACUGCAGUAGCUAAAGUGCAUCCGCUCAUCCGAACAGUUGUACGCGGAAUGAAAAGUACCACAUUUUACGAUCACGAAACACGGAAAGAGCACCACAUCUCGGACAAGAUGGCGGCGGAUGACGAGCUCAAUAAUGAGGUGCUGAAUCUGCUAGAGGCGCCCUACAACAAGGAGGAUGAUGCUGCCGCCUCACCGGUAGAAAAUGGCGCCACAACGAAUGGAGAGAAAAAAUCUAAGGAAAAUGGUCAUAGCAAAUCCUCACGCCACCGCAGUCGUUCGCGCGAACGCGAAAGAGAACGUGAGCGGGACCGUGAUCGUGAGCGCGACCGUGACCGCGAGCGUGAGCGUGACCGUGAACGCGAUCGGGACGGUGAAAAGGCCUCCAAAAAGCAUCGUUCCGGUUCGCCCGGCCGUACCCGCGACAAGGAGCGCCGUCGCAGCAAGGAUCGCAGCAAGUCCCGUUCGCCAGCGCGCCGCGACCGUUCGAAGGACCGCUCGAAGGAAAAGGACCGCGGCAAGAGCGAUCACCAUCGGCGGGAGGUAGUGGUUGAGAAGCGUCGAUCUCGUGAUCGCGUUGAUCAUCGACGCCGGUCUCGCGAACGAGACUAUCGCCGUCGCAGCCGUUCGAGGGACGGUGGACGGGGCAUGGGCCGUGGCCGUCGCUCGAUGUCCCCCAAACCCUACCGGGGAAGGGGACGAGGUGGCUCCGGCUACUACCGUGAUCGAUCGCCGCUGGAAGAGAUGAGCCAGGAGGAUCGGGAUGCGCGUACCGUCUUCUGCAUGCAGCUGUCCCAGCGCAUCCAUGCGCGCGACCUGGAAGAGUUCUUCUCGAGCGUAGGCAAGGUGCGCGACGUCCGUCUGAUCACGUGCAACAAAACGAAGCGCUUCAAGGGUAUCGCCUACAUUGAGUUUAAGGAUCCCGAGUCGGUCGCGCUGGCGCUGGGGCUGUCCGGGCAGAAGCUGCUCGGCAUACCGAUCAGCGUGCAGCACACGCAGGCGGAAAAGAACCGUAUGGCCAGCCAGCCGCCGGUUGCACCGCCCAAGAACCCGUCCGGCCCGAUGCGUCUGUACGUGGGCUCGCUGCAUUUCAACAUCACGGAGGAUAUGCUGAACGGUAUCUUCGAACCGUUCGGCAAGAUCGAUAACAUCCAGCUCAUCAUGGAUGCCGACACGGGACGCUCGAAGGGCUACGGAUUUAUCACAUUCCACAAUGCCGACGAUGCGAAAAAAGCACUGGAACAGCUGAACGGAUUCGAGCUAGCAGGACGCCCCAUGAAGGUGGGCAACGUGACGGAACGGUUGGACGUAACUACGCACGCCUCGCUGGACACGGACGAGAUGGACCGCAGUGGCAUCGAGCUGGGCGCAACCGGACGGCUGCAGCUUAUGUUCAAGCUAGCCGAGGGGGCCGGCCUGGCCGUGCCGCGGGCCGCCGCCGACGCAUUGCUCGCCACUGCCCCGCAGCCCGUACCGCAGCAACCGAUCAUGCAGUCGCCCCCGAUCGCCACCCAGUGCUUCCUGCUGUCGAACAUGUUCGACCCGGCGACCGAAACCAACCCGAACUGGGAUCUGGAGAUACAGGACGACGUGAUAGAGGAGUGCAACAAGCACGGCGGCGUGCAGCACGUGUACGUGGACAAGCAGUCGCCCUCGGGCAACGUGUACGUCAAGUGUCCCAGCAUCGCGACGGCCGUGCUCGCCGUCAACGCACUGCACGGGCGGUGGUUUGCGGGGCGCGUGAUCGGGGCGGCCUACGUACCGCUGAUCAACUAUUACAACCUGUUCCCGGAAGCGGCCCAGUCCGUUACCAUGCUGCAGCCGAAGCGAUCCGGUUGAGAGGUAUAAUCGCUGCAAGCUUUUUCUUUUUACACACAAACAUACACUUCUAGUAACAGCUGGUCCGUUGUGCGUACGGACGUAAAUGGGGAAUCGUAAAGUUCUCAUUUCGAGUGUUACCUGGGCCUUUUCGCACUAAGAAAAGAGAACAAUCUAGCAGCGCGGCACUGUGCUGUGUGAGCCUCCUCUGGUCAGCUAGAACACUACUACCUAGUACAAGUCGUAUUUUCCCUUUAGUAAAUCCCAAGCCAUGCGAUCAGGAUUGUUUGGGAGCCGUCGAUUGAAACAAAACGAUUCGACGAAAGAACAGCUGUAGAUUGGAAACAGUACGGCGGUGGAGGGGGACAAAGGACGAUGUAAAGAUUAAGAAAAAAAUGAGCAAUUUAUAUAGCUUUCUGUUUUUCCCCCGACAAAUAUGUGAUAUUAAGCGGAAGGAGGAGCCCAUUUUACGAACACGCACACACACACAACAAACAAAAAGCAGUGACGAAGAUCUCGUAUCCUACAUGGCUGCUGGGGCUUUGAUGUAGGAGGAAACAGGUUACUGCAAAACCGAAUGUUAACGAGGGGCAAGAAAGGUAAAUUCUUACUAUUUCUCCUUUUUUGGAAAAGUUAAGGAAUGUUGGGGGAAAAUGUCAAACAGUACAUGAUUUACUUUUAAUAUAAAGUAAUGGGUGUUUGAUUUAAAAAUGCUUUCACACUCGUUGGGAUAAACCAUACAUUUCGGUUUAUUUUAUCUGUUUUUAGUACGUGCAUUAUUUCGAAAUCGAUUAGUCAGACAUUUUCCAGUUAACAUUGGCGGGUGGGAGGGGCAAGAUUUCGAUGACAAAAACAAAAAUAAGAGAAAACCUCUAGUACAGCAAUAGCAAUGUAAGACCAAAAUGUGGGAAAUCAAUAGCAUUACAAAACAAAGGGUGUCAUCGGAAAUAUGAUUAAGAUCGACUUUAACAAUUAAGGUUUUUAUGGUUACUACUACAUACUACUGAGCAGCGUAAGGUAUAUGUAGCGACAUUAAGAGCAUUAUGUGUGUAUCAGGCAAGAUAUGAAAGACAAAUGAAAGAUGAAACGUUAAACUGA